AGAAAAUGAUGCAAAGUGAGAUUUUAAGAAUUCUAGCUUUUGCACUUUUCAUCGGUAGGUCUAUGUUUUUAUAAUUAAUUCAAAGUAUUUAAAAAAAAAACUAUAAUUGAAUAAAGAAGUAUACAUUAUUAAAAAACAAUAAUGGCUGUUUUCAUUUGUUUUUUAUUAGACAGUUUACGUUGAUAUUAAAAUAUUUACACAGUCAGUGUUAUAUGCAUGUUACAUUUUUUUGAAUUACAUAGUCCACAACACUGAUAUUUUAACUGUAAACUUUAUGUUAUACCUUUUGUAUGAAGACUAUUAUUUCCAGAUAUCAGCGUGGGCCUAUGGAUACAAGCCGGUGAAUCUCAAACAUUUAUGUGUGUCACAACAAAAGAUCGUUCAGCUACAAUAUAUUGGAAUUUACAUAUGGAAACUGUAAAUACAACUCUAUUUAUCUGUUCGCCAUUUUUGCAAACGAAAUGUGACCCUUUUAAAAAUAGCAUUGUUGAUCUUUACUCAGCGAACAUAACAUCUAAUUCUUCAUCGUUUAUAAGUGUUUUAACAAUCAAAUAUGUGACACCGUUACAACAUCACACGAGAUGGUAUUGUUUUGCUGACACUCAACUUGGUGUUACGUCAUCAGCACAAUACGAUUUAAAUGUUUUUGGUAAGUUAAGAUAUAGUAAACAGUAUCGAUAUAUUUCUUAAAAAUAGAGUCUACUGCUAAUCUCACGGUAUUAAAAGUAAUUUUAACAAUGGAAUUAAAGUAUACAUUAUUUAACAUUUAUUUUAUAUUGUAGGUAAUUUUAUUUUUUUUUAUGUCAAGCUGCAGCAGAAAUUCCAACAUGUAAUGCUGUGACACUUAUUAAUGAAAUCAACAUUCAAAUAAGUUGCUCCACCCAGAAAGUGUUUCCAGGAAGCGUCUGCAUAUUUUACAUAUAUAUCAACGUAAGUAUUUCGAGCGAAAAUAUUUUUUCGUAACUUAACCAGAAAUCAUUUCACAUCAAAUGAGGUUAUUUUAUUUAUUAAACAAACAUACUUUGCUUUAUAUUUUAAUUCAGUUUCGUGUUAACCAAUAAAGCUACGUUUAAGUUAUUCAUAUACUAAGAUUAAUGUGUAGACAAUUGUGUAUUAAAAACAUUCCACACAACAAAGUCUGUAUAAAAUAAUGGCAUUUUUAAUUAUGGUAAAUGUAACAUAAUGCUAUUUGAUGUAAAAGUAUACUUCGAGUGAAAUAACUAUAGUAUGUUAGAAUAGUGAUACUUAGAUCUAAAUAUAGAGAAUACGGACGUAGAAGAGAAGACAUAUUGUAUUAAAGUAAAUAGUCAGUUUGGGAGGUUUUGAUCUUAUGUCAUUUUUCUUCAGGACAUGGAUGCAUUGUGACUGAUCUUCAUUUAAUCAUAAUGCAAAUUACUCAUCAAUGUGAACUUCAUUCUGAGCAUUGUGAUAUACAUUUAAAUAGAUGCUAUUUGAAAUUGGACCCCUGCUGAUAUAUAGUGAGAGUUAGACGCGUAGGGUAUCAAGUUCCUAUGGCUGUCUAGUGUAACAGCAACGGUCUUAUCACAUUGAUGUUCGAACUUAAGGGCGUCUGAAAAUUUGAGAUAAUAAGGGUUUUAUCAUGGUAAUUUACCAAAAGUUACAGUAACGAACUCAAGACUUCCAUAGUUGACUAUUAUUUUUCAAACACAUGCUCUCAUGCCAUCGUAUGGUCAGGUUAACAUUCGUUUCUGUAGCUGUUUAAAAAAAAAGUAUUUUUUUAUAACAAGAAAAUCAAUGUUGAUGUAAUGCUUCCUUGGCUUUUAAAGAAUUACGUUAUGGAAUUUAAUAUCAAUUUAAAAUAAGGGAUGAAGGUGAAGUUUAUGUAAUUUAGUUUCAUAAUAAAAGAAACAUAUUUUAUAAAUAUUUCAGAGGCACUCAUUUUCUCAUUAAUAUAACUAAAAGAAUUGUUCCUUUUAUGUGCGAUUUCUUUUAUGUUUAGAAAAGUAUUAACAUUGUUGUUCGAGCUAAAUACUAAGUAAAUUUUUGUUACAUUUUUAGUCUAUCUUUUUCUGAAGUGGAUCUCGUUGUAUUUUAAUUUUCAUACUUUAUAAUCCUUAUUUAUUUAAACAUUAUUACAAAAACGUUAUUUAUUAUCCGAAAAUUAUUAUAAUGCCAAAUUAGUAUCAUCAAAGAUUAAUAUUUAUUUUUGAAUGCACAGUGGGACCUCGAGAUACAAAUUUAGUUCGUUCCGUAAACUUGCUGGUUAGUGAAUUUGCUUGUAUGUCAAAGCAUUGUUCCCCACUGUAAUUAAUAUAAAUGCUAAUAAUCCGUUCCAGCCCCCAAAAAGCCAAAUGGGUAGCUUUUGUUACAUGUUUUUUGAAUAAAAAAAAAAGUAUUUAUACAUGACACAUAUUGAAUUAAAUACACAAUACAAUAGAAUGUAAAGAAAUGCAUUGGAUUUAUAAAAUGAAUUUACUUUCGAAAUCAGCCGACUUGAGUUUACAUGAGAUGCUUGCGCAGGUGUAGGGUGAAGGAGACAGACAAAGUAUCUUCACAUCGUUCACUUACUGGCCACACUGUUAAUGCUAAACUCUUUCAAACACUUUAAUUCACCUACUCGUUACAUUCUUAAUGCUGCACUUCAUCCAUACACUUAAUGGAACUUAACCAUACUUGACAGAAUUAAAUUCAACUUAAAUGCCACUGUGCAAUUUUUUGUUUUAUUUUCGCUUAAUUUACUUCGAUGCAGCCGGCUGACCCGCUGAUCCGGUUCCUCACAUCUCAAAAAUUUAUCGUAUCUCAAAGCAAAACAUCGCUCGAUCGGCAUCUCGUAUUUCAAAAAUCUCGUAUUUCAGGGCACCCGUGUGUCGAGGUAACACUGUAUGUAUUUCUUCUAAAUACGUUUGUUUAACAUUUCUGCGAUAUAUUUUUAAAAAAAAUAUUUUCCAUAAAAGGCAAUUCAAAAAGAUAUAUCUGCAAUGCUAUCGUUGAUUGUACCAAGACAAUGCUAAGCACUGACAAAUAUACAUCUUAAGAAAACAUGAAUUUUCCAAUUACGUUUUCAAAAUUUUAAUAUAUUUUAUGUGUAAUCAUGAGCAGAACAGUUACUCCAAUAAGCAGCCAAGAUAGUGCUACACUUGAUUCUUUUUUUAAUGCAUGCGUUUUUGUUCAAUUAUAAAUUUGAGUUUUUCAAUAAGCUGCAAUAACUUUACCGUUUUAUAAAUAGGUUUCCCAAAAUGAAAAAUUAAUUUGUGCAUGUAAGUAGUAUGCAUUCGUUUCAAAAUUUGUAUUAUAUACAAAAAAAUAUAUAAAUUAUUUGAUUUUGCAUAUAUGUUUAAAAAAAUAUUCUACGGUAUUCAUUCCUGUAGUCGUCGUCAGAACAUGAAUUAGACCAAGGAUCUAUCAGCUACACGCAUCAGCAAAAUGUCACUACUGGAUACUACACAACCAAUUGUAACUACACCGUGUCUGUUGCCAUCCUAGGACCUGGAUCUCACAUGUUCCGUGCUGAAAUGUAUCCAAAUAUAACAUCAAAUAUAACAGAGCGGAUCAAGACAACAAGUCAAUACACUUCUCCUAUAACAAUAGGUCAAUAUAUCUCAUCAUACCUUCAGUUCAAUACUAUAAUUAUACUUAAUAACUAUUGGAGUUGUCGACAAUUUUUUUUAAAUUUUUCGUCAAGUUAACAUGGAAAACUGUAUAAAAUGUAAUACAUUAAAUAUAUUAAUAAUAAAUGCGCUCCCUAAGAAAGAGUAUUAAAUAGAAUAUAAAAUAUAGUUGUAAAAAAAAAUCCAAAUCAGGGUGCUAUAACUAAAAUAAACAUGAUCUUGAAACAAUUGAAAUGUUUAUAUUUUAAAAAAAAUAAGAAUACAAAUAAUCUUUAGGUUACCCCAAAGCUGUGCUUGGUACAAAUUGUUAUUUAAAGGAUUUCAUCAAAGAGAAUGAGACAAGUAUCUGUACGUGUUACGAUAACAACACAAGUUUUCUACCAACACAAGUCACGUGGUCCACAGGUAACAGUAAAGAUGGAACUCUUAACUUUACUGCACGCAGACCUACACAUAGUAAGUGAUUAAUAACAUUAAUACUAUUUUCUUAUAAGGAAUUAUUUAAUUACAAAUAACAUAUAUUAUUUUGUUGUUCAAUGUGUCUGGAUUGAUUCCUCAACGAUAUAGAAAACCAUUAAUCUCAUUUUUAGUGCAAUAUAGGCGUGAUCAUUAUUAAGUGUUAAAAAAAAAUUAAAACUCAAUAUUUACCAGCUGGACAUAUGUUAAUAAACUUUAAUAAUAAAUAGAACGUUUAUUUAUUAUUUUCAGUUCUAAGUUUGGUUGGAUGACUGGAUUGCCCUUUUGUUUUCCCUCUAGUUGAAUUAGGUUAUUGUGUGGAGACGCUAUGGCAAUAAUUAUUGAAAGCUUUUUUCAUUGAAUAAAUACGUUGAUUAUUUUAAACAGGUUAUUAUGACAAGAAACAAAAAAAAUUAAAUUUAGAAAUAUCUGAAUGAUGCAUAACAACAGCAUAUUUUCUUUUUAAAAAUGUAUAUAUAUGCUACAUACAUUUUUGUUUUUUUUAAUACGUAUUUUAAAACAAUAGAACUUAACUUCGCCUUUGUACUAACCACAAUUUGAGGAUCUAUACAAUGUGCGUCGUAUAUUUAUAAUAAGUUGUUAGUGUGCAUGUACGCAAUAGAUACAGGGAGAUGUGAAGAUGGUUUUCUGUAUGGGGCAUGUGCAUGACAUGGAGGAAAACAGAAGUUGAUUAUUGAGGGUAACGUGCUGUGAAGUAAUACGUAUAUUUUCGAAGCGCUGUAGGCAAACUUUUUUAAUUUGUUUUCUGUCUUAAAUAUAAAAAAUCGUUGGCAUUUUCUGUAAAUCAAACGAAUUAUCUAAUUGGCUACAUAUUUUGAAUGGUGGCCAUAUUUGUUUUAAAAUAUUAAACAACUUGUGGCUGCUAAACAAUGCACUGAAAAUUCGAAUUUUUAAUGAAUGAAACGAAAAUGUUACUCAUCGCAUGUUAAUGAAGAAGACAUGCAUAGAGCAUUGUUAAUAUGAAGCUGUAAGGAGAAUUAUGGACAGUGUAAGUGUAAGAGGCGUGUUUGAUUCAAGGUGUAUUUUGGACGAUGUGUUUUGUAGUGUUAAAGUGAAAAGAAUAAAGGAAAUAUUUAAGUUAAAGGGAACUUUUUUUUUUAUGAUCCUAGAUAUGUGUUUAAGAAUGUAAGAUAAUUUAUCUAGAAUAUAAAAUAUUUAAUAUGACAUUUUGAUCUUGCAUUACAGCGGAAAUGAGAUUUCAAUGUGUGGUGUCAAAUAUUCUUAAUUUUACAAAUGUAAUAAUAUAUCAGCCAAUAAUUGCAUGUAAGUAUACUUUUUUCUUUUUUAUAAAUGUCAGUGGAUUAAGAUUUUGUAUUUGAUGGCACUAUAACAAUUUAAAACAACACUGAUUAACAUAUUAUAUAAUCUUUAAAAAUUUCACAAAUUAUGAAAUUAUAUGUAUAGCAUGUAAUGAUUCCCAGCUUAUUUUCUUUGAUUGUGUGUCAAUUUCAGACCCUCCUGAUAUCUUCUUGACACUUAACAACGCUGAAUUGGAUUUAUGUCUAGAUGAAAACCAUGACAUUUACGGAAGCUGUUCCGUCAGUGACAGUUAUCCGUCUACGUCAGUAUCCAUCUACAUCAACAAUGUUUUACUCGAUGCAAAUCAUGUUUCUAAAUCAAUGGACCACAGAUUCAACACUUCUUACACAUCAUCUGGAGUUGUCAAUGUUACGUGUCUAGCUUACAAUGUAGCAUUUUCUGUAAGCAAAACAAAAUAUCUCACUAUCAAAGGUACAUUUCUUAAACUUCUAAUCUUUAUAUAUAUAGGUCUAAACUAAUAAUAGAAAUAUAUAUUUUUUUUGAAAAGUAUCAACUUUAAAAAAAAAAAGCUAAACAAAGUUACAUAUUUAAAAGAAGCACUAAAAACACUUUGUUAUGGUUGUUUCUUCUUUUCAGGACCACCAGAGCGUCCAAAUAUUUUCGAACUUAUUAAAAAAGAAACGAUUUCAUCCAGCCAGAAAUCACAUCUGGCUAUCAUCAUGUGUCAGUCUAGAGGAGGUGUUCCGUCUUCAAAGCUAUUGUCACUAGCGUGUGACACCAUGGAGACAGACGCAACAAGUAGGCACACACGCUAAUGAUUAUAAAUUUGAAAAAUAGAUUUUGUAUUACAUUAUGAAUCUUCAAUGAGAAAUUAACUAAAGAUUAAAAAAUGUAUUUUAUUUCUUUUUUUAUUUCUUAUGUUAUUUUAUAACAGUAUUGAUACAAUUUUAUAAUGUUGUUUAUUUUACAUCUUUACACUACAAGUACAUAAUACAAAAUGUUGGACUGCUAUAAAGUUUUAAAAUUGAUUAAUAAGACACGAACAGGUUUUGUCAAUAAAACAAUGUAAGAUCAGAUUUAAUAAAAAUUUAAAAAUGUAAAAUAAAAAUAAUAAAUCAAAUAGGAGAGGGUUUUAGCGCCCUAUCCAAUUUUGUUUUUCUUUUUAGUAAGGAUAUAUGUGUACAUAUAUAAGGUAAAUUUAAUGUAUCUUUAUUUAAAUUUUGUGUUGUUUAACUGAUAAAGGCAUAUGUGAAACGAUCACUUGUGUAUAAUGUAUAAUUAAUAUUAAAGCUUAACGUAUAUAGUAUUAUUGACAGAAAUUGUUCGUAAAUGGUUAAACUAAAAGGGUAAUAAGGGGUGAAAUUGCAAUCAGGUUAGCACAAUAUGAAAUUAUUAAAACAAAGUGGGGUUAAACCUGAAAUUAAAAGGAAUGCAAGAAAACAACGAACGUGUCAGCAGAAAGCCUUCUUCGGGGAACAAAACAGAAAAAAACGGUAUAAAGAAAAAAUACUACUUGGAUUAGAAGUCGUAUACGUGGGCAGCAUUUCUUUUGUUUUACUCAUCUUUUUAAUCUACAAGUAAAUGGCCACGUUUCCUCAACACUAAUUGCUGACGAAACAUCUCUUACUUAAUUUCUCACGAAUAAUAUUGAAGGAUACAUUUAAAAAACAUUAACUUAUUUAUAUUCUUCCUCUUGAAACAUAACAUUGCAAUUGCUUUGAUUUUUUUAUUUUCCUAUUUGUCCAAAGAUUUAAACGUAACGAGACUGGUAUUUACAUUUGUUAUAAAAAAAGCAUUAAUUAUAUAUUUUCUGUGUAAAAAAGACACAUUUUAUUUUCAUGAGAAAGUAAAUGUAUUUUAUUUUAUUUUAAUUUGUUUAUAUUGAAUGAAGAAACAUUUCUUUUCGCUUUUUUAAAAUAAACAUACUUUAUAUUAGCUGAAGAUAAAGGAGAUAUGAUGAUACUGAUUUCACGAAUUAUAAUUUGCGAUAACUGCACUAAAUGAGGUUCUUAAAAACUGCUCAUGUUCGUUUGUGCGAAAUAUUUUCUUUUGUGUUUCUUUAACAGUUAUUCAAAUAAAUGUACUUUGUUAAAGUUUGAGGGUCAAUAGAAUGGCAGUAAUAAAAACAAUCAAACAAAAAAAAAUAUGUGCAUACAAGAUUUUUAUCGAAACCUUUGAUUUCAGGGUUUGUUUCAAUUUAACAGUAUAUAGUUCUAUAUUUUUUAAACAUAAUUAUAUAUUUUAUUGUUUAAUGUCAUUUAAGGCAACAGCAUUAAUAGUGGUUUUUUUAAAUAUUUUUUUUUUACUUUACAGAUGGUGAUACAGUUACGUUGGAAGUCAAUAUGACACGAGCUUCGACUGAUUUAAAUUGCACGUGUGUUGUUUGGCACGAGUCGAAAUGUCUACAAAACAUAACUACCGAAUCUCUUAGAUUAUGUGAGCAUUUUAAUUUUGGCAGUUUAUGAUUUAAAUAUUUUUAUUUUUUUUUAAAACAAUAGCUACACAAUAUAAAUAAUAAUUAUUAACUUUAGUAAAAAUUGAUUCAAUGCACGUUUUACUGCUGUAUAGUUAUCAUAAUACAUGCUUAAAGCUAUUAUUUAACUAUUAAUAUCUUCAAUUUAAAAAAAAAAUUCAAUUUAUGUAAGUUUUUCUUUAUAAUUCUGAAUUUAAUUUUCUAAAAAUCAAAUGGUAUAUGUAAAUCUAACAAUAAUUUGCCAUUUAAAAUAUAUGUACAUACAAAUUUAUGAGUUAUACUAUUAAGAAAAAAUGCUUUUUAAAAAUUUUUAAUUGUUUAUUUGUAGGCCUUAUAUACUUAUAUUAAAUCCAAAUGUUUGUUAUUUAAAUAAAUAAAGGUAUCUACAGGGAACGGUAAAGUCCUCUAUUUAAUUUUAAUCAUGACGAUUUAUAUUAAUUUGAAAAAGAACAUCUUUAAUGUUAAUUGAUAUCCUUUAUUGAGAGUCUAUUCUAUAUGCGGCUGGGUAGCAUAAGUUUGCAGCCUUUAAGAAAAGAGAACAAAAUACUUCUUACUUUCAGUUGGUAAGAUAAACUUCUACAUUAAAGGGGACGAUUCAAUGCUUAAGUAGUACAGCCUAAAUCGUAAUAGCAAAAAAUAUUUAUCUUGUAAUCUUAAUUGUUUUUUUUUUAAAUAAAAUAAAAUAAUAUAAUGUAUAAUUAACAUUACGGCGACUUAAAAUGAUUUUCUGAAAUCAAAUUUAAUAACGGCAAGACUUUUAUUUCACAAUCAUUGUAUAAAAUCAUAAGAUAUAAUUUUUCCCAGAUCUCUUUGAUGACUAUAGUCCAGUUGAUAUCAAUUCUGCUGCUGUUGCAGUUGGUGUUACACUCGGGUUUGUGUUAUUAGUAUCGAUUUCUGUAAAUAUAUUCAUAAUGAGACGAUUUAAAAGUAAGUAUGCAACUAAUUUCUUGAGAAUGAUUUUUUUUAAAUGUAUUAUAUUUUUUAAUGCUUGCGUUUAACAAUACUGCAUAUAACAGAUAUUCUAUUUCAUGAAAUAAACUAAUUUUAAAAGCAAUGUAAAUUGGUUAGUGUUAAGGAUCAAGGCUAUUCUUAAAAUAGUGGCUAAAUACAUUUGUUUUGAAAAACGUGUAUAAGCUUUAAUGCGGCCGAAGUUAACAUUUGUCAAAGUUUUAUAAAUAUGUAUGGCAUAAUUUUCUUUCUUUCUUUAUUAUUUGCAUUCCAUUGUAUGUCAUGUUUUUUAAAGAAAUACACGUUUUAAAACGUUUAGUUGAAAGUGUCAUAACUAAAAAUAAAAAUUUGAAGGCAUUAUUAUUUGAUUUUAUCAUUUUCAUUUAUUUAGGAAUUAAACGAGGUGAAUCAUCAACGAAAAUGUCGAACUCAAAGUAAGCGUAUUUAUAUUAAUUUGUUUAGAAUGAAUGCUCACCAGUUUAGUUAAUACGUACUCAACUGGACAUAAUACAAAUAAACUGUACAUUUAAAAAUAAAGAACUAAACUAAUGUUUGAUUUAUUUUUGAAAAUCUACAAGUUCUGAUAACAUAAGAGUAAACUUCAAAAUAAGGUGUUUUUUUUUAAAUUCCAGGAAAAGACGAGAAUACAAUGAUAUAUCAGGUAAAAUUUGUGCAAAUUAAGUCUGUAUAACCAGGCAAAUAACCACUUAUGUAUCAUACAUUAAUUUAUGUGUAUGUAUUUGUUCUAUAAAAUAAAAGUAUAUAUUUAUAAAUAAAUAUCGUUGUAUAUAUUUAACUAUAUGUGUAUCUAUCAAUCUCUCUCUCUCUCUGUAUAUACAUAUAAUGUGACUCAUUUUAUUUUGAUAGCAACGCCUUAUGUCAACACAGAGUUGCACUCAUAUGAAACAGCCAGCAUUAGUCCAAGUUAUUCAAAUGAAGUUACAACAGCUUCUCCAUCCCAAAGUGUUGUCAAAACAAAUAUCAUUCAAAGCGGUAAUGUGUAGCUAAAUACUUUGUUGACAUAAUUUUUAAUAAAAGAAAUGGUUUAAUAAUUAUUCCAUGAGUACAAAAUGCAUCAUAAAUUAACUAGUAAACUGAACAAUAAGACAAUUAGGAUAUCAUGUGGAAUUUAAUACACACUAUCACAUAGCAAAACUUGUUGGUAGCCGCAUAAAGGAUUUAAUGUGUAAAGGCCAUCAUAGCAAUAUAUUAAAACAUGAAUCCUUGUAACAUAAUGCAUGUCAAUUAGAACAAUUAAUGUAAACCUAUCCAAUAAUUGUUGUUGUCUUAUUGACAAUUGAUGAUAACUAUGCUGAAAAAAUUGGUGAAUAUAAUUUUCCAAAUAUAAAUAUAUAUUUUCAGUUAGAAAUAAAUGAUAGGUACUCUGUAAAAAAAAGGUUGCACAUUCGUAUCCUAAUAAAUAAUUUGACAUAUAUAGACACACUAACUUUUAGAAUCAAUGUAUUUACCCGGUGAUAAAUUGAUGUAAAUCACUUUUGUAUUUUUUAAAAUUUAUUAUUUUUAAAGUAGUUAAUCUAAGUGUUAAUUAUAAUUUGUAUCUGAUCCUGACUUUUUAAAACAUAUUGUUGUAAUCACAUAUGUGGCCAUGUCUAAAAGCAGUAUCCCCCCCCCCACCCCUUAAAAAUGCUCACAGCACAAAACAAACAGUACAGGGACAAAGCAUUUAGUGAUUUUCACAAUCAUAUUUCUAGGAUAAGACAGUUACGCUAAAUUUUUUUAAAUUUUGAUUUCAUAUUUUAUUUACAAUCGUUGUUUGUAAAGUUCGCUUGAAGAUGUUUCUUGUCAACGCAUAUUUUUUUUUUGUUUUGUUGCGAUAUAUUGUGCCAGAUAUUUCCUUUGACUUUGACCCGUGUCACUAAACCAACCCUGUCCAACUCUGAUUUAUCUCAUCUUAUAAGCUGUUAGACUAACUUCACUGAAUCACACAUUCACAAUUAGAUAUUGUCCCAGUACAUUAUCUGAUGUAGCCAAUACACUUGACUGUAUCAUUAGAAAGCUAAAUAAUAUUUUGUUUAUUUCGUGAAAUAAUCUAAUAUUUUUCUUUUUAACCUUUUAAUGAACAGACCACCUGUAAGAUAAUAAAGGCUUAUGUCAGUGUGGAGAAUGAGGCAUUCAAAAUAAAAACUUGAAUUUUUUAAAAUCAUUAAAGAGAAAUCGUUUACUAUUGUUUUAGUUGCAUUUACAAAGUGAAGAUUUUUUUCAAGUAAACCAAGAUUUAAGAUUUUUCGAUGAUGAAAUGAUGAUUCACUAGUUCUUUUUUUCUCAAAAUCUUGAUUAGGAAAUCGGCUGAAAUAAAUAAAGACAAGAUAAUUUCUUAUAAAUAAAAGUAUGCUUUUUUUUCUAAUGCAGGUAUAUAUUUCUUUAAUAUCUAUUUGUUGUUUUUUUCUCAGCUGACAAAGAAGACCAUCCGUAUGACGAGGUUACAGAAAUCAAAUAAUGAUCAAGAGAGUUUGCAGUUAAAUUUAUGAGAUGUAAGAAUAGAACUACAUAGAAAUUUUCAGAUAUUAACCCAUUCAACUUUUUGGUUAAAUGUGUUCAUGUGCAAAAGAUUUGUUUAACCCUUUCCAUUAAAUUAUGAUAUAGAUGUAAUCAAUUUUCUAUCAGUCUGUGGUAUGGCUCUCUAAGAACAAAGUUAAACUUUUAAAAUCUUUUUUGUACCGUUUACGAUACAACCUCCUUAUAAUUAUUGGGUAUACUAUUUAUUCGUUAAUUUGUAAAUUUAAAUUAUAACAAAAUAGAAAAAUACCCACCCAAUAAACACAUGUGACAUAUCAAUAAAUAAAAUGGCAUUUGUUAAUAAUCUAGAUUGAUAUGAUUGGUUCAUAUGGUUUGACGUAAUGAUUUUUUUUAAAAUCGUUAUUGUCUAUGUUAUGAGUUUAUAAAUAUUAAAAGGAAUAGCGUAAGAAAUACGCUCACAAUAUUUCAAAAUAAAAUCCCAAUCUAUUUAUAAAUAUGUUGUUCCUUUUAUACCAUUACUAGCUUUAGCUCACACAACUUUUGCGUUGACAAUGCCUCACCUUCCCAUCUAUUUAAUUUACUUGACAAAACUUCAAGGAACGCAUUUUAUGUAUUCUAACUUACUUCUCACUACACACAGCUCACAAUCUUACAUUUUUUCACGCCCCUAAAACGUAUAAAUAUUCUUAAGUAUAGCCCGAAUUCAUGCCGUAGAUUUAUAAUGUAAUAAUACUUUAAAUUAAGACUAAUUUGGUAAAACAAAAGAAAAUAUCACGACAAGAGUCGCGCACGGUAUUUGUGAAAAUUUCUAUUAGCUUAUUUAUCGGGAAGCUAUUAUUACAAAAUACACAUAACUUUAAUGUCUUAAUGUUCUUUACAAUUUGAAUGAACCACAAAUCGAUAUAACACAUUUCAGAGAUAUAUAUAUUAAUAUUCUUAUGGUAUUAACUAGAUGUACUAUGUACUACGUGUUAAGAUGUUUUGAUUAUAAAUGAUGUGAGAAGUAUUUUUUACGUGUUCCUGAGAUGGUUUAAGGAG